AGCCGAAUGCGUAUGUCUUCUACUGGCGCUCCAUAUGCUGCCGUGCUUCCUAGUGAAGCUCCGCACUGGCACCUGCGGAGCAUGAGCUUGGACAAAGCUGGACAUGCAUAGCCAUGUUUCUUGUUCUAUCUACCUGCCAUCCUGUUCAAGUGUCUUCUACCGUGGAUCAAGCAUGAAUACUCUCGUUGUAAAGGAUUUGCGCCAGUCUCGCCCACAUUAUCCACUCGAGAUUUACGAAUGCAUAAUCGGCUUCGGGCCUGUUGAAGAUAUUAUCAACUGCACCAUGGUAUGCAAGGCGUGGUACCCUAGCAGUCGGUACCUGUCUCUUCAAACAGUCUACCUCCGGAGCCAGGAACAGACAUUCCGCCUGGCAAGCAUACUCCGCACCAAUCCGCAGCUGGGUCAAUCGUCCAGGAAGUCCACAUUAUUGAUCGACCCGCAGGUCUCGGUCAGCGUACUAUCCCCCACGCCUGUGCACCGGGACGUAUUUCUGCAUCUGUCGAGGUUCACCGAGGUCACCACACUCAGUCUAGAAAAGGUUGAGAUAUUCUCCCCAUCUACGCUGGCAGCCCUCAUCUGUGCCCUGCCCGCGGUCUCGGCUUUGAAAUGUACUCGGGUCUCAUUUCGCAGUCUCAGCUGGGGCCCCCUCCGGCGACCUCGUGGUACCCUGCUCCGUCUUGAUCUCAAUACCGAUGACCAUGCAGCAUCCGCAAGCCUUGAGUCGCAUCCAGAUGCCGAUGAACCUUGUGGCGCUAUCUUUUCCGAGCCCUUUGGCAGGUCUUGCAAACUCGGAUUUCCGUUCAUUGUUGGAUGCUUGUACUCAAACGUCUUGGCUCAACCCGAUCACCCUAAUCUUGGAUCAUCGAGGUGUAUCCCCAGAAGAAGCGACACCGCUCGUUGGCCAACAUCUGUCUCUUGCACAAGUCAAGAUACCCACGAGGCUUCACACGAGGAUAACAAUUGAUGCCGCCGACGUGGCGCGUUUCGACUUUGCCUGGCUC